GUUGAAGUGACUAUCAACACUGCAGCCGUCGCGGCGCCGCCCCUAAAUCAACACAACGCCCCUCAGCUGAAUACAACCUUGACGACGUGCGGGUGUCUGGACGCCUGCUUAGCUUGGGACCACCAGAACAAGUGAUGCGAUUUAGACCAGUGGGUCUCGAUACUGUCGUCAAAUAUUCCUUUUUAAAGGGCCGGAUUGAUACGACGCCUGGUACAUUUAUCGCCCGAGAUCACUGGGAAGCGAUAACUGUAUUUUUGGGCUGAGAUUGUGUACGGCGCCAGGUUGGCCGAAGGGUACCGGAAGUUGGAAGGUCUUGGUGAACUGUUGUACUCUCAGGGCGUGGCGGGCCUCUGGUUCCUGCUUUGUCGGAAAAAAAAUUGUUUUCCAAUUGGACAUCAUUAGACACCUGCGUUAGUUUUGUGUGCGGGGUGGCUUUGUGUUGCUCGCCUUCACAGGCGACGCCAUUAGCUCACUAAGCAUCUGCCUACAAGUGUUUAUCUGUCAUAUGACACGUUAAGUUUAUAUCGAUAGGUGACAAGUAUGUAAAUGCAAGUGUUUGAAUUUGACCCUACAAGGGAACACCGGGGCACAUCCAGUACUUGUUAAAUCAAUGCCGCCUACAACAAGCCUCUAAAUCAACAAACUCCAUUAGUCCUUACAAACAAGAAUUAUCAACUGUCAGUUGUCAACUCCAAACAUCCACUAAAACGUGACCAACUACUGCCAAUGUAGAAUAAUAAUAAAUAAUUUAUUUGCAAGAAGGUAUAAUGGGUUGGUGAGAUUAUUAACUGCUAUCAAUCAACUCCUGCCAUUGAUUGUUAGCCAUCAUCAGCACAAUGUCCAUCCAUCACUGCUAAAUGUUCACAUAAUCAGCUGGCUUGUGUCACUCCAUCAGGAAGUGAACCUUCCAGCUGCACAUAUGGGUUCAUCAUAAGAAAAAAGACUUUCCUGUUGUAUGUGUGAGCAUAAUCAUAAAGGAGCUGAUGAUAGAAAUUGCAUAUAUUGUACCAUUGAGAAGAAUAAAGCAUAAGAACAUCAAUUAAGCUACGCUACACAUCAUUUUGCGAAGAAGUAAUCAUCAGCGAUGGCACUAACACUGGGCAUGCUGUCAGGUGCAGCGGUAAUCACUUCUGGCAUUGCUGUUUGGGCCUUGUACAAAUGGCAUCAUGCUCAAGAAAUCAUGAAGACCUACACAGAUCGAUACAAUCAACUAAAGGAAGUUCAGCAACAACUGAUUCAUCAUUAUGAAAGCUUAGAAGAAUUACCGUUGCUAAAGGAAAUUAUUUCAAAGGAUGCCGAGAACUACCACCUGCGGUUGGCUCAUUUCUGCAGUGAUGUAUGUGACAAGUACCAAGUGACAAAAGGACGUGUCAUGGAUGUUGGCAGUGGGCCGGGUGCCCUCUCAUUUCACCUCAGUAGCCAUUUCAGGGAAGUGGUGGGAACAGAUGUGAGCUAUUCCAUGACUAUAGCUGCGCAACAGUUGAAGCAGUUCGGAGAGAUUGGGUCUCCAUUCCCAAGUGAAGGCGGAAAACACAUCUCUUUCCACUGCAUAAGAGUGCCAGACACGGCUUCUAGGGAACGUGUAAUAUUCUGGGAUGAGGAUGCUUGUACUCUCUCAUAUAACUGUGGCCAAUUUAAUUGUGUUGUAGUCUCAAAUGUUCUUACAGACAUGCAUAACCCAAAAAGAUUUUUGGAAGAAAUUGGACAUUAUGUAGGCAGUGGAGGGUUAUUGGUAAUAUCAGAUGUAUAUAAUUGGAGGAAUGGGCCAGAAGAAUUCCUGGGAGGAGAGGGAGAAUGUUUGACUCCUUCUUUAUUAAAAAAAUGCUUGAAACCAUUUUGGACACUAGAAGAAGAAAGAAAUAUGUCAUAUUAUGUUCCACGGUGUCGCCGAUUUGCAGAAAUUGGAAAUGCUCAUGUCACCGUUUGGAAGAGAAUGGAGCAAAAUGACACCUCUAUUGAAGAUUAAACUGUAGGCAGAGAAUAUCAUAAUAACAUGGCUGAAAAUAAAUAAACCAAUCCAAACUAUGAAAAGAAAUGAAAAUUACAUCAUUUUGUCCCAUCCUGGACCCUUACCAAGUCACAGCUUAAUAGUUCAGGAAUGUGACGUAUGGGUUGGGUUAUUUAUUUGAAUUGUAAUGUGAGAGCACAAGUAUUCAGAGGGAAAGAAUAACAGUGGCCUUGAGCAUAUCACUAAAUGUGAGGAAUCAAAUAGGCAUUGGUGGAAAUGCACUUUACUGUAAAUUGUGUUGCAACUUGCUAAUUCAAGUAACCUUAAUCAUGUGGACAUUUGAAUUAGCUAAAUUUCUUAUAAUUCAUGACAAUUUUGUUUUAAAAACUUACCAUUUUCUUGUACCACAAGUAACCUAAUUCAUAUUUCCACAUACAAUAAAAAAAUUCCUUAUGACAGCAUCUUCACAGAAAUAAAAUAGAAAGGUUAA